AUCACCAAGUUCUCUACUGUAUUGAUCAGCUUACAUUUGCUGCUAAACAUUUUUUAAUCAGGGCAGUGAAACAUGAAGAAGCCAGUGACCACUGUUAAGCUGGAAGGCCCACGAGCUUCCAGACUGUCCCUUUACUUCAGGAUGCGUCUAGGCCUCCUGCACGGUGCACUGGCAGUGUUUGUGGUGAAAAAUGGCAACGGGACAGCUUGCAUAAUGGCCGAAUUCUCAGCUGCCUUCCAGAUGAACUACGACACUAAGAGCGGCCCUAAGAAUGUGAGCUUUGACCUGCCACCAACUGCAAAAGUGUUAAACAGCAGCUCUUGUGGUAAAGAGAACACUUCUGACACCCGUCUUGUGAUUGCUUUUGGAGGAGGACAUGAACUGACUUUCAAUUUCACAAGAGAUGCAGACCGCUACAGUGUCCAGCUCCUGAGUUUUGUGUAUAACUUGUCAGACACACUUAUUUUCCCCAAUGCAAGCUUCAAAGAUGCCAAGACUGUGGAAUCCAUAACUGACAUCAAGGCAGACAUAGAUAAAAAAUACAGAUGUGUUAAAGGCACCCAGGUGCACAUGGGCAAUGUGAGCCUCACUCUCCGUGAGGCCACCAUCCAGGCAUACCUUUCGAACAACAACUUCAGCAAGGGAGAGACACGCUGCAAGCAGGAUGGGCCUUUCCCGACCACAGUGCCGCCUGUGCCACCCAGCCCCUCGCCAGCACCCGAGAGCCCCUCAGUGGAGAACUACAGUGUGAAUGGCACCAAUGGGACCUGCCUGCUGGCCAGCAUGGGGCUGCAGCUGAACCUCACCUACGAGCAGAGGGACAACAAGACUGUGACUCGAGUGUUCAACAUCAACCCGAGUAAGACCUGGGCCAAUGGGACUUGCAGCUCCAACCUAGUGACCCUGGACCUGUGGAGCGAGGACGUUGCCCGCCUGGUCUUCCAGUUUGGGAUGAAUGCAAAUUCUACCCGGUUUUUCCUGCAAGACAUCCAGUUGAGCAUGAUUCUUGCUGACGCUCGAGACCCCCACUUCACAGCUUCCAAUGGCUCGCUGAUGGCACUACAGGCCACCCUGGGCAAUUCCUACAAGUGCAAUGCCGAGGAGCGUAUUCAGGUCACAAAGGCAUUUUCUGUCAACAUCUUCAAAGUCUGGGUCCAGGCCUUCAAGGUGGAAGGUGGCAAGUUUGGAUCUGUGGAGGAGUGUCUGCUGGACGAGGACAGCAUGCUGAUCCCAGUGGCCGUGGGGGGCGCCCUGGCUGGGCUGGUCCUCACAGUGCUCAUUGCCUACCUCGUUGGCCGGAAGAGGAGCCACGCUGGCUAUCAGACGAUUUAGGCUGCUGCUUGCACAGACGGCAGCCGCAGGGUCUGUAUUCCCCCUGGGCUGAGGGCGUGUUGGCGGGAGGCACACUGUUGUUCAAAUCUGCUUUAUCAAAUGUGAAGUUCAUCUUGCAACAUUUACUAUGCACAAAAGAGUAACUAUUGGAAUGACGGUGUUAAUUUUGCUAACUGGGUUAAAUAUUUUGCUAACUGGUUAAAUGUAAUGUUAAUAUUUACCAAAGUAGAACUUGAGGGAGAGAAGAGUGCUUUCCUCAGCCGGCCCUGGCUGCACUAUCAUCUGACACUUUACGAUUCUGGUGUUUGGUUCUUCACUCUUUACUCAGAUUUAAGCCUCACAAGGGACAUUCUCUGGUCCUCACGCUUAGGACCUGUGAAGGUUGGCUAAUUGUUAGGCUGAUGCGCUUAAGAAAUUAAAAAUAGUAGGGACGAAAAAUCUUGAAACAGAAGUACUUCAAAAGAUGAACACCUGGAAUGCUUAAAUUAAGCUUUAAGGCCAGGAGGGCCUGGCCCUGGGUGGCAGCAGCGGGUGUUGGGAAGGCACUCGGAGUGUCCUCUGGUGUCUCCAUCUUGCCACUCAAGAGCUGGCACUUUUUUAAAUAUAAAAAUAGGUGUUGUUUUUAUUUACUUUUUUUGUAAAGUGGUUUUCAGUCUUCUGUUUGGCAUUCAGGGUGAUCCCUUUCUGCGCUGUGUACAAUGAUAGAUAAUUCACUCCUGAUUUAUCUGCUGUGGCUUGGGUGGGUUGUACACUGAGGACCGGCUCCAUGUGACGCGUUGCCUGUAACAAUGCUAAUAAAAACCUGUCUUUUUGUCUA